AUGGCCACGAAUAAAGCUCUCAUCUUCAAGAAAAUCCCCGAGGGAUACCCUGUUCCCGGAGAACACCUCGGCGUUGAGUCUGUCUCGUACGAUGCAAACGCUGCGGCACCUGCGGACGGCGUUUUUUUGCAGUCGCUUUACACCAGCUUCGACCCCUACAUGCGAGGUCGUAUGCGCAGCGCUGAAGUCAAAUCUUAUGCUCCUCCCUUCUUUCUCAACAAGCCUAUUGAAAGCGCAACUAUCGCCAAGGUUGUCCGAUCCAACAAUGCUUCCUACAAGGAAGGCGACCUUAUCAUUGGACGCCUACCUAUUCAAGACUAUGUCUCGGUAGGCGCCGAUGAAUUGUCUCGAAUCCGCCCCCUCGAAAACCCGCUGGGUAUCCAAGACAUCAGAGUCUUUUUGGGUGCACUAGGUAUGCCGGGCUUGACGGCCUACUCCUCGCUCUAUGAGAUUGGCCAGCCAAAGAAGGGAGAGACGAUCUUCGUCUCCGCCGCCAGCGGUGCUGUCGGUCAGUUGGUCGGCCAACUUGCCAAGCACGAGGGACUCAAGGUCAUCGGUAGUGUAGGAUCGGACGAGAAGCUCGACUACAUUAUCAAGGACCUAGGGUUUGACGGAGGGUUCAACUAUAAGAAGGAAAAGCCUGCAGAUGCUCUAGCUCGCCUAGCCCCUAACGGGAUCGACAUCUAUUACGAGAACGUCGGGGGAGAGCAUUUGGAAGCGGCCCUGGAAGCGAUCAACAACUUUGGCCGCGUCGUCGUCUGCGGUAUGAUCUCUCAGUACAACAGCGCACCAUAUCCGAUAAAGAACAUCAGUUUUGUGCUUACAAAGCGUCUGACUAUGCGCGGAUUUAUUGUCGGCGAUGCUGGAAUGGGAGACAAGUACACCAAGGAGCAUCAGGAGAAUGUGCAGAAAUGGAUCAAGGAUGGCUCAUUUAAGACCCUCAUCCACGAAACGGAGGGCAUUGAUAACGCGGCGGAAGGGCUAGUCGGUAUUUUCCACGGAAAGAACUUGGGCAAAGCUGUCUUGAAGUUUUAA